AUGAAAUCAAACAUGAUUGAAUCGGAAUUCAAAGAAUUGGAAUCUUUGAAAAAAAAACAGGAAGUUGGUGAUGUUAUAACUCCACAAAUGCAAAUUGACCACGUCAGAAGUAAAAUUAAUGAUGUAGAAAAUAAAACCAAUGUCAUAAAACAAUAUUGCAUUCAAAACCAAAACAAAAAUGUACAAUUAUUAGAUGAAAAAAAUAAACAAAUUAUUGAACUCAAUAUGAUGCGUGACUGUGAUACACAAAAUCUUAAAAAAAGUAGAAAACUCGAUCUCGAAAUCGUUUCUUUAUCCAAAGAAGUCGAUCAGUAUAAACGAAAACUUACGAACAUGAGAAAUGAAGCUGUGAAGUAUAAUGAAGUUUUUGGAAAACAUAAAGGGAAAAGUAGUAAACUUUUGAAUGAAAAUGAAUGGAUACAAAGCUCUGCUUUGGUUGAAUUAAAUGAAAAUGAAAAACAGUGUUUGGAAUAUAUAGACCUUCUAAAAUUGUUAAAAAAUGAAUUGAACGAAAUUAAAAAAACAUACAUUGAGAAACAACGUGAAAGUAAAUCGUGGGACGCUAAAGUCCAGUCACUUGUCGAAAUGAAAACAGAACUUAAGAAUAAACAAGGUAUUUUUGGUGACAUUGGUGUUAUACAAAAAGAAAUACAUAAAAUGCAGAUAACGGAAAAUAGAUUGAAAAAAAUAUUAGACAAAAUAAUGUCGGAUUUAGAAAAAUGCAUAUUGAAACGGGAAACGAUUUACAAUUCAUUUGCAUCAAAGAAUUCAAGCGACAAAAAUGGUACUAAACAAAAAUUGUUGAAGAUCCUCGAUGACAUGCGAAUAAUGAUAAGACAAAUUAAAACUAAAUGUAAAAAAAUAAACAAAGACAUAAGUCAUGCCCAAAAUUAUAAAAUAGAAAUGGAGUGUAAGCUUACAAAUUUAAGAGAUAAAUGUAUCAACGUUGAACAAAAUAUUAACGAUUUAACAAAAAAUAUUGAAGACACGAAUGCUUUAAAACUUAAAGACUUUUAUAAGUUAAACUUCAAGCAAAAUCAUAUCAAAUUCUUGGAAGAUGUAAAAGAAGAAAAAUACCGUUUGCUGAUAAAAAGUGAAUCAAAAAUUAAAGAAGCAAUUACAACUCAGGGAUCGAAGAAUUCUAACUUAAUAAGUGUUGUGGAAGCUUUAAAAAACGAUUUCCCAUACUUGGAUGUUGUGUUGACUCGUUUGUUAUUAACUCUUAAGUCUAUUGAAAGUUAA